CGUCGUCGCCGCGGUGUCGGGGUACAUCUCCAAGAUGGUCACCGCGGGGGACCCCUCCACCACCACGGGCUCCUCCGCCUCCUCCUCCUCCUCGGCCAAGAUGAAGAUUUUACUUCUCGACAGUGAGACAGUACCCAUUGUGUCAACCGCCAUCACUCAGUCCGCGCUGUUGAACCAUGAAGUCUACCUCAUUGACCGACUCGACAAUGCCGCUCGUGAACGCAUGCGACAUCUCCGCUGCCUCUGCUUUGUGCGACCCUCCCCCACUUCCAUCCAAUUCCUGAUCGACGAACUCCGCGAGCCCAAGUACGGCGAAUACUAUAUCUACCUUACUAACAUCAUUCGCAAAUCCUCCCUCGAACGACUCGCCGAAGCAGAUUCACACGAGGUGGUUCGCGUGGUCCAGGAGCACUUUGCUGACUUCCUCGUCAUCAAUCCGGAUCUAUGUUCCAUGAACCUGGGGUUCCCCCAGCAGCGCUUAUGGAGCCAGUCGCCGGACCUGUGGAAUGCGGAUGCUUUACAAAGAGCAACAGAGGGGGUUAUCGCUAUGCUGUUGGCGCUGAAGAAGAACCCUCUGAUACGCUACGAGAAGAACAGUUUGUUGGCUAAGAAGCUGGCCACGGAGGUCCGCUAUCAGUUAACGCAGGAGGAGCAGCUCUUCAAUUUCCGCAAGACGGAUACGCCACCGAUCCUGCUGAUUCUGGACCGCCGAGACGACCCUAUCACUCCGUUGCUGACGCAAUGGACAUAUCAAGCGAUGGUACAUGAGUUGAUGGGCAUCCACAACGGGCGCGUGGACCUCCGGGAUGUCCCGGAGAUCCGACCGGAGCUGAGAGAGAUUGUCCUUUCCCAGGAUCAGGAUCCGUUCUUCAAGAAGAACAUGUACCAAAACUUUGGAGAUUUGGGCCAGAACAUCAAGGAGUACGUCGAACAGUAUCAAGUCAAAACGCAGAACACAAUGAACAUCGAAUCCAUCUCGGAUAUGAAGCGCUUCGUGGAGGACUAUCCCGAGUUCCGCAAAUUGUCCGGCAACGUCAGUAAACACGUCACUCUGGUAGGAGAGCUAAGCCGGCGGGUGGGUGAGGAAGACCUGCUUGAUGUCAGUGAGUUGGAGCAAAGCUUGGCUUGUAAUGACAAUCACGCCAAUGACCUCAAGAACUUACAACGCAUAGUUCAACUAUCCAAUGUACCCGCGGAGAACAAGCUGCGACUAGUGGCGUUGUAUGCCAUCCGCUACGAGAAACAACCAAACAAUGCUCUCCCGAUCUUGCUCGAUCUUAUGGUCACCGCAGGCAAUGUUCCUUCAUACAAGGUAAAUAUCAUCCCCAAAUUACUUGCCUAUCACCACUCCUUGCAAGCACCGCCUGUAGCUGGCGGCUUUUCCGACCUCUUCGAAUCCACUUCUCUUUUCUCCGGUGCGCGGGACCGCUUCAAGGGCCUAAAAGGCGUUGAAAACGUAUACACCCAGCACUCGCCCCGUUUGGAAGCCACUGUGCAAAAUCUAAUCAAAGGCCGCUUGAGGGAGCUGCAAUACCCGUUCCUCGAAGGUGGCGGCCAUACGCGAGACAAGCCCCAAGAUAUCAUCAUUUUCAUGGUAGGCGGAGCUACGUACGAAGAAGCGAAAAUGGUCGCCCAAGUGAACGCUAGCUCGCCCGGUGUGCGAGUGGUCUUGGGUGGCACCUCCAUCCAUAACAGCACGAGCUUUCUCGAGGAAGUUGAUGAUGCUGUGAGCGGCUGGCCUGAGCCCAACCCCUCGUCCGCCGCUGGACGGCUUCAGAGGGCCAUCGGGCAUUAACAUCUUUCCGUUCUUUCUGUAUCUGUAGCCUUCUAUCAUAUAUCCUGGAAGUUAACCAUGCCUGACUCUCUCAAAUGAGACUUUAGCAGCGAAUGACAUCACGUCAACCUUCACCCCUGUACCAACUAGAAUCCUUACAAUCAAAGUACAUCUUAAUCAUAGCUCCCGCUGCCCUGUACACACCUCGGGUGGCUAGGCCAAGAAAUUGAAUC